GUACGAGAAGCCGACUCAACUCAAGCGCACGUUGUAUUAAAGAAUGCUUUAAAUUGUCUACAGUUUUGUUUAUCUUAAAAUGGAAUGGUAUACUACUGAUGACGGAAAUUACACAAUAGAAUCUGUGUCGGCCGCUACAUUGCCCGGAGCUCUACAGGUCAUAAGAGAAUCUUUCUGUCAAGACGAAUCAGUAUGCAUCGGUGCCGAGGUAAAUAAAAACCCACAAGCUGCUGAAGAAUUGUUAGAAUUAUGUGCAGACGCAGCUUUAGAUGGCGCAUCAUUAGUAGCAAUUGAGACGAGCAGUCGCAAAGUAGUUGCAGCGUCUUUUAAUAAAUUACAGGUUGCAACAUCGGAUGCUUCUGAGAAACCAUUUUUCGAUGUAUUUGCAGAGGAACGUUGCUCACAAGAGUCAGCUAAGUCCCUCAUUCAAUUUAUGGCAGAUGUUGAUGGAAGAUGUAAUCUAUUUCAAAAAUACGAAGCAGACUGCAGUCUUGAAAUUAUGUUUCUCGCCACCCUACGCCAAUUUAGAAGACAAAAGUUAGCAGAAAUUCUGUGUAAAUUCUCACUUGAGUUGGCAAAGGCACUAAAAAAUGGUCCCGUUUGUAAGAUGACAGUUGAAGAUCUAGGCCCUAAGUAUACGAGCAUGAAGCCAAGAUCAACAAUCACUAAAUACCCAAAGAUAUGUCAAGCGAUAUGGACGAAUGAAAUUACAGAGAAAAUUGGUAGAAAGCUAGGAUUUACUGAACAUCUGAUAGUCCCGUUUGACGAAUUUGUGUUUAAAGGUGAAACUUAUGCUUCAAGAAUUGGACGCGAUAAUGCUAAAUGUAUAGUAGCAGCGAAGCAUAUUUAAUAAGUUAAACAUAAAUUCGUAAAAUUUACAUGCUUGUUAAUACACAUUUUUACUGAACAUAUAUCCAUGGCACAUUGCUCUGGAACAGGGAGCAUACCAAGUAGACCGUAUAGUUGAUUUUCGUGCUUGAUCU